GCUAUACAGAAGCGAGCACGAGAGACCUGGCUGCUUGACUGACUCAGACAUCAGAACACUGCACUAGACAAGGCUGUGAAGCGGCUUCUUUCUUCUGACAAUGAUUAACAUCACGAUAUCUUAAAAAUAAUAUAAAUUACUUGAUCUUCUUGAAGAAGCAAUGGCGAGAGGAGAGGGAGCCGAGCAGUACGCGGCGGGUUUACUAUCAGUCAAACCUAUAAAUACAGCGGUCAAGACAGCAAAGCCAAAGGACCAGAGAAAUCGUCUGUCUGUGUGGAACAAACUCUGCUAUGCCAUCGGUGGGGCUCCCUACCAGAUCACAGGCAGCGCUCUGGGCUUCUUCCUGCAGCUCUACCUGCUGGAUGUGGCUCAGCUGGAUCCCUUCCAUGCCUCUAUAAUCCUGUUUGUGGGCCGGGCCUGGGACGCGGUCACAGACCCCACAGUGGGUUUCUUUGUGAGCCGGAGUAGAUGGACAGGCAUCGGCCGCAUGAUGCCCUGGAUCCUUUGCUCUACACCGUUUGCGGUGCUGACGUACUUCCUGAUCUGGUACGUGCCUCCAUUUGAGGAGGGGAAGAUCGUCUGGUACCUGAUAUUUUACUGCCUCUUCCAGUCCAUGCAGACGUGCUUCCACGUGCCAUAUUCAGCCCUCACCAUGUUCAUCACCACCGACCAGAAAGAGCGGGACUCUGCCACUGCUUAUCGUAUGAUGGUGGAGGUGCUGGGCACCGUGCUGGGCACAGCCAUCCAGGGACAGAUAGUAGGUGGCGCCUCAAAUUGUCCCGACCCUGAUGAGCUCGACAGCAGUAACUCAACCAUCCCAACCGGCUAUUCACUGGAGGAAACAAAACAAGCAUACCUUAUUGCUUCAGGCGUCAUCUGUAUCAUCUACGUCUGCUGUGCAGCAGUCUUGUUUCUGGGUGUCAAGGAGAAAAAAGAUAACGGGCGAAAGAAAACACUACUCACCUUCCGUCAGGGCAUCUGUCUGGUGAUGAGUCACGGACCGUACGUCAAACUGGUCAUCGGCUUCCUCUUCACCUCUCUGGCCUUCAUGCUCCUGGAGGGAAACUUUGCUCUUUUCAUCACCUACUCUCUGGGCCAUAGGAAACACUUCCAAAACAUUCUCCUAGUCAUCAUGUUAUCAGGGACUCUAACCAUCCCGUGGUGGCAGUGGUUUCUGACCCGCUUUGGAAAGAAGAAGGCGGUUUACUUUGGCAUCUCUUGGGCCGUACCCUUCAUGCUCCUCAUCGUCUGCAUCAAGAGCCACCUGAUCAUUUCUUACUUGGUCUCCGUGGCAGCAGGUGUGAGCGUGGCAGCAGCUUUCCUCCUGCCUUGGUCAAUGCUUCCUGAUGUCGUGGACGACUUCAAGGUCAGAAACCCAGACAUCCACGGCCACGAAGCCCUCUUCUACUCCUUCUACGUGUUCUUCAUUAAAUUUGCCUCGGGAAUGUCUCUGGGUGUCUCUACGCUCAGUUUAAAAUUUGCCGGCUAUGUGACCGGGAGCUGUAUACAACCUGAGGCGGUCAGUUUAACCCUGAAGGUGCUGGUCUCUCCUGUGCCUGUGGCCCUUAUAGCUGUGGGACUUUUGAUAUUGAGGACCUAUCCUAUUGAUGAAGAAAGGAGGCAGGGCAACCAGAAGCUACUGCAGGAAAUGCUGGACUCUGAGUCUGAAACUUCAGCGCUGGGGAGUGAGGUGUAGCAACAGCGGAAGGGCUUGACACCACAGCUGCUUUAACCUAUUUGCACAAAACUGUCGAGGAACACGACCACCAACUAUCUGGACUAACAGAGAGACCACAGACCACAGCUGCUGCACAAACAUCCUCAGCAUUAAGGCUCCCUGCAGCGGACCACACAGGUUUACAUCGCCCUCUAGUGGCCGGUCCGGGGCAUCUCCUGUGUCCCAAUUAAAUCUGCCAAAACUUAAAGUUACAAUUGGUUCUAUUUAAAGGGUUUCUUACAUUGUUUAACUGACACACAGCACUGUCCAUCUUUUAAAGAAUUGCAUAGUGAAAUCAUUAUCAUUUAUUAUAAGAAACCCUUUUUUUGUUUUUUAUUCAAUAACUACAGCUUUUAUAAUAAGUGUGACUCAUUGGAGUUGUAAUCCUUCUAUGGUGGAGUUUUACUCAACAGACUGAAAUCAAACUGAGUUUCCAAAGAACUGUGACUUUGUGUACUGAGAUGUUCCUUUAUACCAUUUUUUUUUUUACCUCCACAAGUUGUAGACAGCCUUUUUGUUUCAUCAACACCGUUACUACACUCCUCUGCUGUGAAUGCAGUGCACUAUAUACUGAAAUACUUGGUCAGAAUUGGGACACAGCUUGUGAUCUAUGGUAGUUUAUUAAGUAUUUAUUUGCUGGUUUACAUGCUCUGACCUUCACUCGUGCAGCAGACUGGAGUGUGAUGUUACCGUUAAUGUUUACCACGUCUUAGGUCACUUGUGUUCGCCUUUCCAUUCAGACAGCGUGCUCUGAAGGAAACACACACUUUCAACCCUUAGUUAUGAAGGGUAUACCAGCACUAUCCCACUAACUGGAGUCAUCUGAAGCUGUGCUACAUUUUAUACUUCUUAUUUGGUGCCGUUGUUCCUUGUACAGUUAGUUCAAGUUAAAAACUUGAAUCUCCUGAAGGGGAAAAGGCACCUUGGGGUAUGAUAUACUGUAUGUGUGAAUCACUGCCUUACAUUUUCACCUUAAAUUAUUAGUUGCAAUGAGAUUUCUGUUAAAAUUCUUGCACAAGUUUUUUUGUUUUUGCUUCACAGAAUAGUUUUUCCCAUUCAACCUUUUCUUUGCUUUAACAUUUCAGCCAAUCUCUUCUCUUCUGGUUUAUUAGAUCUUUCUGAAUGUGCUUUCACAUAGUCCACUCCAGUAUGAAGUCAUACAGCAUGUUCUCCCCUCCCAAAGGGAAGGGAACCAUGAUUUAUUUAACUAUUUAUUUGAAUUAAAUAUUUAAGGGAUUCUUUUUUUGUUUCUUAUGAAGGCACAUGUUGAUAAUAAUGUAUGAACCUUGAGUGGUUAGUGAUUUUUAUGUCCUGUGGAAAAAACUUUUCUAAGAAAAGAAAAUGGAAAAGGUUGCUGUAUGAUACACAUACUACCUUUACAGUGUUACUGGUAUUAAGAUUUCAUAGACACCUCUUUGAAACUUAAUAUAUUUCUGUAUCUAUAAUUUUCAUUCUAAAUUGCUCUGAAAGAGGUGAAUGAAGCACAUUAUGUCUCCGAAGUGUUAUUUGCAGAUGUGUGUAUAAUAUGUAAAUACAUUUCUAAGUUUGACCUUGUUGAGCAAUAUAAA